UGAAUGGGACACCUAUGACCUAACCACCUUUGCAUGCUCUCUCAUCUCAUCAACCAGAUCGUCUCCUUCUCGUUCCUUCUAUGCUGUUUGUCUCUUUAUCUGUUCCUCUUUACUUGUUAACUACAACUCCUUCCCUCGCUGAUCUCUACUAUCAAUAGCAAGCAACCUCGCAUUUCUAUUUGUGAUAUUCUUGCGCAUAUAUAUAAUAUUUUCUAUUAAGAAUUACUAAUCAGGAAUGGCAGAACCACAAUACACAGUGGCAUCUGACAGUGAAAGCACCGGGGAGGAGAAAUCUUCAUCAGCUUUUCCAGAAACUGCCAUUGGAAUUGACAUUGGGACUUCACAGUGCAGUGUUGCAGUCUGGAAUGGCUCCCAGGUAGAGCUCCUAAAGAACACCAGAAACCAAAAGUUGAUGCGAUCAUAUGUUACCUUCAAGGAUGAAGUCCCUUCAGGUGGAGUCAGCAAUCAGCUCUCUCAUGAAUAUGAAAUACUAUCUGGAGCUGCAAUUUUCAAUAUGAAACGCUUGAUUGGCAGAGUGGAUACUGAUCCUGUGGUUCAUGCAAGCAAAAGGCUUCCAUUUUUGGUGCAAACUUUGGAUAUUGGUGUUCGCCCAUUUAUUGCAGCUUUAGUGAGCAAUGCUUGGAGAUCCACCACUCCCGAAGAAGUCCUUGCAAUAUUUCUGGUCGAACUAAGAGCCAUGGCCGAAGUCCAGUUGAAGAGGCCCAUAAGAAAUGUCGUACUAACCAUUCCAGUGUCAUUUAGUAGGUUCCAGUUGACACGGAUUGAACGUGCUUGUGCCAUGGCUGGCCUCCACGUCCUCAGGUUGAUGCCUGAACCGACUGCUGUGGCAUUGUUAUAUGCACAGCAGCAGCAACAGACUGUACAUGAGAAUAUGGGCAGUGGAAGUGAGAAGAAUGCCCUUAUAUUUAACAUGGGGGCUGGGUACUGUGAUGUAGCUGUUACUGCCACUGCUGGAGGAGUUUCACAGAUUAAGGCCUUAGCAGGAGCUGCCAUCGGAGGAGAAGACAUGCUGCAAAACAUGAUGCAGCAUCUCUUACCAAAUUCAGAGAACCUUUUCCUCAGCCAUGGAAUCAACGAGAUCAAAUCAUUGGGGUUGCUUCGAGUAGCAACUGAAGAUGCAAUCCAUAGGCUCUCUUCACAGAGCAGUGUUCAGGUGGAUGUUGAUUUGAGAAAUGGAUCCAAAAUAUGUAAGGUGGUCACUAGGGAGGAAUUUGAGGAAGUGAACCUGAAGAUAUUUGAAAAGUGCGAAAGCCUCUUAACACAGUGCUUGCGUGACUCAAAGGUAGACAUAGAGGAUUUGACUGAUGUAAUACUUGUAGGCGGGUGUUCAUAUAUCCCAAAUAUAAGAAAUGUUGUCAAGGGUGUAUGCAAGAAGGAGGAACUGUACAAAGUGAUAAAUCCAUUGGAAGCUGCAGUGUGUGGGGCAGCGCUAGAGGGAGCAGUUGCAUCAGGAAUCAGUGACCCUUUUGGAAGUUUGGAUCUGUUAACAAUCCAAGCUACCCCCCUUGGCGUUGGCAUUAGAGCAGAUGGAAACAGCUUUGUCCCAAUCAUACCUAGAAAUACGACAAUGCCAGCAAGGAAAGAGUUAAUAUUCACAACCACCCAUGAUAACCAAACCGAGGCUCUAAUCCUCGUCUAUGAAGGUGAGGGGACAAAGGUGGAAGAGAAUCAUCUUCUGGGCUAUUUCAAGAUCAUGGGAAUUCCGGCAGCACCCAAAGGAAUUCCAGAGAUAAAUGUGUGCAUGGACAUCGAUGCCUCAAAUGCACUUAGAGUUUUUGCUGGAGUGGUGAUGCCAGGGACGGAUCAGCCAAUGGCACCGUUUAUGGAAGUCAGGAUGCCUACAGUUGAUGAUGGGCAUGGCUGGUGUGCUGAGGCCCUGAACAGGACUUAUGGUUCGACUCUUGAUCUAGUUACCGUGCAGAAGAAGAUGUGAAGUCGAGGGUGACUCCAGAUGGAGCCAGUCGGAAAGAAAAGUUGUUCUUACAGAACCGUGUCUUGCUGCAAGGCAAUAAUACAUGUAAUUGUAUAGUUACUUUAAUUUAAUAUUAUUUUCAUGCGCAA